AUGAAUACACAGGAAGAGGGCAUUAUAGGACAGGACGAACAGAAUGUUCUGGUAAAUGUUGGAAGUCAUUUUGAUCCGGCACGGAGCAUCUUCCUGGCUCCCAGAAAAGGAGUGUACAGCUUCAGUUUCCAUGUGGUCAAAGUUUACAACAGACAAACAAUACAGGUCAGUCUGAUGUUAAACGGUUGGCCAAUGAUCUCUGCUUUUGCUGGCGAUCAGGACAUGACACGCGAAGCAGCGACUAAUGCAGGUCUGGUUACAAUGGAGAGAAGAGACAAUUCCUACCUCAAACUGGAGAGAGGAAACCUGAUGGGUGGCUGGAAAUAUUCCACGUUGUUGGGUUCCUGGUUUUUCCCUUAUAGACAGAACGCAAGAGAAGUGCAUGAAGAAAGCAGAGACGAUGACAGAAAGAGAAUAUGCACAAUGAUGCAACACAUUCUCGUAAUGAAAUGUCACUUCUCAUUUUUACCUGUGCACCCCAAAACGUCACUCUGCUGCUGUUUUCAACUCAAGGAUUGUUCACCCAAAAAUGAAAAUUCUCAUGUGCUAUUGUGCAGUUUUGGAUAGUAAUACACAUGU